AAAUGUCAAAAGCAUCCCUCUCGCUCGCACACGUACAUUUGCCCAAAUCUGUCGGAAUCAGUUGGCGGCUGCUAAAAAUCAUUCCAUUUACUGCAAGCUUCUCUAUAUUCCGACCGAGCGCGGUCCCGCAGAUUCACCGCACAUGGACUGGUACGAAGUGGACUUGGACCGCAAGCGAUCGGUGCCGUUCGCCGGCGUUCCCUGGGCUUCAGAUCCGGCCAUUCGCCAGGAGCUAGACCAGCCUCGCAACUACCUGGGCGGCAUCAUACGCAACGGGCGUUGGGGCUGGGUCACCAGCCAGUAUGCUAGCGAGGCCACUCUGUUGGUGUACCGCCUGGCCUCCGGCGAGCGUGUGGCGCGCCACUCCUUCUGGAGGGAGUCUGGCAACAAGAGCGAGGACGAGCACUGCAGCAUUAGAUGCGUGGAGGAGAUCUUCACUGACCAGCCGGAUCGCCCUGUGCUCCUCGCCGUCUGCCUGGAUUCCUGGAACGGCAGCGAGCGGCGUCCCAACAUUGUACAGAUCCAGUCGGAGGUGCACCUCUAUAGCAUCACCUAUUGCCAGGUGCUGCGCGUCAUCCACUUUUCCGGUCUCGUGUGCCAGUCUCUCACUUAUCUCGAUCGGAGGCUCUGUAGCGCCACCCAGCUGGCUCGUUUCGAUGGCUGCCUGGCCGUGGCCACCAUGGAGGGCCUUGUCCAACUGAUUGACCUGAACUACGAGCACUUGCUAGAGGGCAGAGACAAGAGCCAGCCUAACCAGUGUGAGAUUCACCGCGUCACUGGGAACAAGCGGAUGCGGCGUCUUGACGACCUGCUGGAGGAGUGCCGCACCAAUGGACUACACUUGAGCGUGGAGCUGGACGUGGCACGCGUUGGUAUACGCAGCCUGGUGGGCCUGGGACUAGCACCUGGCUUUGCCGCUGGACUGGAUGAUGGCCGCAUCCUGAUCUACGAUUUGAUCAGCUUCCAGCUGACAGCCACGCUGCGUUCCUCCGGUGACCUCGGAGUUGUGGAGCGAAUGUGUGCCAUUGUGCCCCCGGAUGACCCCAAGCCCUGCUUCUACAUCUGUGCCAUGUACAGGGGCCCCGAUCGCCUCACCAUGCUGCUGCACUCGAUCAACUACUCGUCUGUAAAGCAGGUCGACGAGGGGUACCUCUUCCAGAACUUCUAUGCCACCUCGGUGCGCAACCACCUGGAUCUAGAUAUCGGCGAUUGCUCUGUGACAAGCUGCAGCACCGCGUCCACGUUUAGCUUUGCCGGCGACAAUGGCACUCUGCUGGCCAUCCUAUCCUGGCACUCGCAUUCCGAGCAGCAGAACAAGCUCGUCCUGUUUGACAUAAACCAGUGGUAUAAGGACGAGAUGCCGGAACGCAUGCAUGCAUAUGAGAGGGCGCAUUACCUGGCCGGCUAUAGACUCAAGGGUCUGCCCAGCGGCCUGGCCUUGCUGCUGCGACCCACCAGCAUCCUGCAUUUUGAGGCGCUGCAGCGCUACGAAGAGCAUUCUUAUCCCAACUCCCUGACCUUCGAUUGCCAUCUCUUAACCGCAGCCGCCUGUCACUACUACUCUCAUGAUGGAGUGCAACGUCGCUUCCUGGAAGCCCUUCGCAUGUCGCGGGCCACGCUGUUCCUUCACCCGCAGGCCUGUCACGCGGAUAUUGUCCGGCUGCGUCUCCUGCCGCAGUUCUGCGAGCUCAACGUUGAUGCCACAUUCUCCAAGAGCGCCAUGUACGAGGUCAUCCUGUCGGUGGCCUUGGAACACGGAUUCAGGGACCUGCUGAAUGAUUGCGCCAGCAGCUGGCUGGAUGGCAGCUUCCUAUGCAACAUGCUGGACCCCACCGAACUCUCGCUGGCCACUCUCACCAAGUGGAUUGUGCGGCGUGCCGGGCAUAUCAAGAAGCGCAUUUCGGAGAUUUGCCAAGGAGUCUUCGACUACGGCGGCUACUCCUUGGACGAGCGUGAACGGCGCGAGUUUGAGGCACUUUCCGAACAAAUGUACGAGCUGGUGCGUUUGCAGUCGCACAUCCUGAGGUUGGGACGACGCAGUCUGACCUCCGAGCUCCUGGAACAGCUGGAGAGCAACGAGCGUGCUUUGCAGACGGUGAACGAGUACCAGAAGGUGCUCUACUGGUUCAUCCAGCAGGGUCUUCUGCCCGAGGGCCAGCACGAGGCCCAUGGCGAGGAGCAACAGCCCCUGGUUGCCUUGCGGCGUUCUUAUGCCGAGAGACGCACACAGCGUAGACGCCUCUACAUUGAUGCGCUGACGAAGCAAACCAGUUUGGUGGACUCCUAUCCCCCGGACACGCUGCAGGCCCUGCUCCAUGUAAUGCUUGAUCCGGACACGGAUCUCGGGCGUAAGCACAAGCUGCUCUUGUACAUGCUGCUGGACCUCGACCAGGAUUUGGCCAAGCGCUUUUCGUUGGACUUUCAGAUGCACGAACCGAAUGACAGGUCGGUGAGUUGCCUGUGGUGGCUGGAUCGAGGCGAUUACCAGCAAUGUCUGAAGGAGCUUUACCACAACCGAAUCAAUCCGCCCAAAGGCAUUGUGGCCUGGGAGAUGCAAUUCCUGGUGGAGUCCUUGCUAGAGGCUGGCGAAAUUAAGGCAGCUCUGCGCGUGGUCAGCCAGCCGCCAGGUCCCUUGACAAACACCUUGCAUUUGGACGUACUCCUGGCCAACAAUUUUGUGCCCGAAGCCUUUCACAAUGCUCGGCAUGCCGUGGACGAGGAGGGGCAGCCCCUGGUAGAGCGCUUCUUUCGUCACUGCAUCGAAAACCGACGCUACCGGGUGCUCGCUGAACUCUGCCUCACCGAUGAAGAGGAGCAAAUGGUUUACCGACUCCUAAAGGAGAGCCGCUCUCCCCAAGCGGAACGAGUGAAUCUCAUCCUGCUGCUGCUUAAGAGCAAGUACGUGGAGGCUGUCAACUUUAUGGACGAUGUGGCGGCCAGAAAUCAGCGUGCCGAUGACGAUGCCUCUGCCACCAGCAGCAUUAUGUCAGCUUAUCGCUCUACGAUGGCCCCGGUAACCAAAAAUAUAGCUGGUAACUACUUUCGCAUUCGUGGAAAACUGGGCGAGGACUUGGCCGAUGAUCCGAACGCGGAGUACCGCCUGCCCCUCAGCUGCCAGCUGGCCAGGCAGAAUGCCAGGGGCCAGCUGGGUGACAUCUAUCAGAGCUGUGCCAUCAGUGCUCUGUGGGCCGAACAGUGCCCGUUGCCGGAUUACACUCCGCCGCCGCCGCCGCUGUCGAUGCGGGUGAACAACAACAUUCCCUUUCUGCGUACCGAACAGUAUGGCUUCUCGGGGCAAGCCCAGCCCGUGCGCUUGGUGCGUCCAGUGCCCCACAAGGUGGUGGAAAAGCGGAAUCGGGAGCUGGAGGAGCGCGACAAGGAGGAGGCAAGCAUAAUGCAGCCGCGCAAGCGUCGUUGCCUGCAGGCCGAGCAGCUAAUGGAGAAUAUACGCGGCCAGGUGAACACCCUACUAACUCAGGAGUCGGUUUUGGAGGCCAGUCAGGAGCAGAUCAAGGCCAGCGAUUUGGUGGAGCCGCCCACCUACCUCCAGACACGCAAGCAGCCAACGAUGACGCUGAAUCCCAAAGCCAGUUCGCCCUUAAAAAUACCCACAAUCCUAAAGCGUCGUCCUAUGGCGGAGCCCGUGGUCGAUGGAACUCCGCCCACGGCCACAUCUACAUCGUUGUCGUUGCAGCCAAAGUGCUUCCGCUUUCAGCCGCCCAUUCCACUGCGCUUGGACAGCAGUUUGGCCAGAGAGAGUGGUGGAGAGGAGGAGGAGGAAACUGAUGAGAUAAUCAUGGAGAUCGAUUCCCGAAGCGAGCCACGUAGUGCCUACAGUGCCGAGUCCGAUGAGGAGGCGGAGGAGGAGGAAGAGGAGGAGGUCUUCCUUUCGCCACUGCCCACCACUGCAGUGUCCCGAGCAGGAACAAAGCUAUCCCCAUCACUCAAGACCCCACCCGGUGGCCCACAGCCACGCGGUUCAUUGCUCCAGGCUAGGACCGGCACCGGAAGCGAGAGCAGCAGUGGCUUUGGCAGCUUUGCGACGGUCCAGCCAACACAGACAGUGUCCCACUCGCAGUUCGUGCCCACCGUAUGCUCCUCGAAGAUGUAUGAGACCCAGUCACAGGUCUUCUCAACUGGCAGCGGCAGGGCCAAGAUCUCGGAGAGGACCACCAUCUGCGACGACAUGGAGUCCACUGAUCUAGUGGCCUGCAUGGCCCUCAGAAGCAGUUCGCAAUGGUCCAUGCCGGCGGCGCGUCUAAGCGGACAGACACUUCGGAUGAUGGACACUACGCUGGACAUGUCCACCUACGAGGCAACGUCUUUGGAGCAGCGCGGCGAAUUGGAUGAUGAUCGGGAGCGGGAGCAGGAUCAGGAUCAGGAGAAUAUUACAGAGGUGGUGGUGUUGAGUUCCGAGGUGGAGUCAUCAGAAAAUGAGCAGGGAAAGCCCCAGGAGGCACAGUCGCCCACAAGCAGCUCAAGCAGCGGAGCCUCUAAGCCAUCCUCGCCCAAGAUGCAGGAAAAUGUGGUCAAUCUGGUAACCUCCAAUGAUGAGGAAUCAGCAGAGGAGCCCUCGUCCGGGUCGGAAGCGGGGAUCUCGCCCAAAAGCAGCUCGAGCAGCUCCCAAGCAGAGCAAGAUCAGGAGGAGAAUGAAGAGGAGAAUGAGGAGGAGCAUCAGGAGGAGAAUGAGGAAGAGGAGGAGGAGGAGCCAGAGUUCCAGGAUGAAGUGGAGGAGACACAGCGCUCGGAGCAAAUUACAUACUUUAGAGCCGGCCCAGAAGCACCCGUCCAGGAGCCCAUCCAAUCCCCCACACACAGCUCGAGCAGCGCAGCCUCUGCUUUGUCCUCGCCAGAAAUGCGCCAACAACAACAACAACAACAGCAGCAGGAGGUUGAACUGGUAUCCUCCAACGAUGAUGAGGAAUCCACCGGAUCCAUCACCACCUCCCGUUCGGUAACGCACACACCGGAGGGCACAUUUCUGCCCAGCGAUACCAAUGUUUCGCAGACGUCAAGUCCCCCCCGCGCACCGCAUGGUCCUGGCGGAGAUGGUUCACCACGCUCCCUGUACCGUGCCAAUAGCCUAGAGACCGUGGACGAUCUGGACACCACAAAGGGCUCGCUAGAGGAGGAGGAGGAGGAUAACGAGGAUGACUGUGUUGUCAUUGCCUUGGAUGGCACCGAGGUGCGCGGCUACAUUCGUCCGCUUCACCCGACUGCCUGCAGCAGCGCGGAGCUGUUUGCCUUCAAGGACGAAUGCGCGGAUGAGGCGGCACCGGGCCCUUGUCCAUCGCUCUCACUGGGCGCCACAGUCAAUAGCGAUUCUGUGGCGGCCGAUAUCAUAGACCUGGACAGCGACGACGAGGAGGAUGAGCAGAAGCCACAACACCAGCAGCAGCCGAAAAUAAAUGAAGAUGAAGGUCCCGAGGAAGAGUCCCAGACUGAGAUGGAGGGUAAGGAACAGCAUGAGGAACAACCGCCAGCCGAACCCACUACCAGUAACGCCCAGGAUGAGGACUCCCGGCACAGCCUAACGCUGGCCUUCUCCGAGGAGGAGGAGGCGGCGGCAGCGGAUGAGGAGGUGGCAGCGGCAACGGCAGACGCUACACCGCGUCCACGCCGCCACAGUAUGGAACCACACCACCAGGACAGUCCUAUCCCUCGCCGGAUGCGCCGCAACUCUAUGGAACCACUCCAAAAGGACAAUCCCAUUGCUCACAGGCUGCGUCGCAACUCUACGGAACCCCACCAGGACAGUCCUAUCGCUCGCCGAGUCCGUCUGCGUAGCGAUGACAGCGGAGAAGCGCCUACCGUAACCACGCCAAGGACGCGACGCGCCCUCAAGCACACGGCUCUACUAGAUGUGAUCGACGAACAGGGCUCCUUGGAUGAAUCCCCGCUACCGCGCACUCGUUCCCGCCUCGGCUCAGUGGAGACACCCACGAGAAUGGUCUCGCACAGCGGGCGAUCCACUUCGCUGGCCCCCCCCUCUGUGGAGAGCGUAAGGCGCCGCCGUUCCAUGCGCGGGAUCAGUGAGCCGCCGGUUAACCCCGGCCGUACCACACCCACGAAGCCAGCGGUGGAACCGAGGCCCCCGCGCCAAAUUAUGACGCGCUCGCGCAAGAAUAGCUCUAAUGAUAUGUCGCCAGCUGUGUCUCCGGUUCCCUCCGAGUCCGAGCAGCCGCGACUUCGCCGCACCGCCAGGCGCCGCACCUCCGAGCUGAGUGAAAACAGCUCCAGCACUUCAGGUCCCCAAAUUCGUGAAUUGCGUCCGCGCCUGCGUCCCACGUCGACGGAGCCCGGAGUCCGGCCACCAUCGCGUGCUUCGGAGAGAGCAUCCCGAACACCCACGCCCACUGAGGGCAGCAGCGAGGCCCAUGUACCCCCCAAGAAGCGCGGAAGACCCAAGCGACAACCUUGAAUAGUCAUUCACUUUUAUGUUUAAGUUUUUUUUCCUUCUGAGGUAUGAGUUCCAAAUAAAAUCGUUAGAGAUGA